UGAGAGUGUCGCCGUCUAAUAAGUUCCACCAGCUCCCAACUACUACAACAACACAACACAACACAAACCUUGUUCGUAUUGCUUUUUGAAAAUUUCUCCUUUAAAUAUUUGUUUAGAGAAGAAAGACAAGAUUCAGACUUUUUUCUUCUCUCACCUCUCUCUUCUCUCCACGGAGUCGAUCUUUACGAGGUUCACUAGUACAGACGGCUUUUCUGAUCUCCACUCUCGCCGUUAAACAACCCAUUCUCCGUUCCAUGGCCACCACCUCCAUCGCAGGACCCAGACUCACUUCCUUGAAAACCGCCGCCGGGAAGCUCGGCUACCGUGAGAUCUGUCAUGUCCGGCAAUGGGCUCCGGUUCAUUCUCCGAUGCCUCAUUUCGGAAUGCUGCGAUGUGGAUCGCGACGCCCGUUUGCAACCUCCUCCUCCACUGGUAUUCAACUCCCCUCUCUCUCUGUUCCCUUAACAUUUCGAUCAUCUCCAUUCUCAUUAGAAGAUUCUCAAGCUCAAGCGACUGCUGCUGAGCAAUCGACAGCUGUUCCGAAAGUGGAGUCUCCAGUUGUCGUUAUCACUGGUGCCUCUCGAGGCAUUGGUAAAGCCAUUGCUCUUUCCCUGGGCAAAGCUGGCUGCAAGGUCUUGGUGAAUUAUGCUAGGUCAGCUAAGGAGGCUGAACAAGUUUCUAAACAGAUUGAGGCAUACGGUGGCCAGGCUAUUACUUUUGGGGGUGAUGUCUCCAAAGAGGCUGAUGUGGAUGCCAUGAUGAAAACCGCUUUUGAUGCAUGGGGAACCAUUGAUGUCGUCGUUAACAAUGCAGGAAUUACUCGGGAUACCUUGUUGAUACGAAUGAAGAAGUCCCAAUGGGAUGAAGUGAUUGAUUUGAAUCUCACUGGAGUAUUCCUCUGUACCCAGGCAGCGACAAAGAUAAUGAUGAAGAAGAGAAAGGGAAGAAUCAUCAACAUAGCGUCAGUUGUUGGUCUCAUUGGUAAUAUUGGCCAAGCAAACUACGCUGCUGCUAAAGCUGGAGUUAUCGGGUUCUCCAAGACUGCUGCCAGAGAGGGUGCGAGCAGGAAUAUUAAUGUCAAUGUGGUUUGCCCCGGGUUCAUUGCAUCUGACAUGACUGCUAAACUUGGAGAAGACAUGGAAAAAAAAAUCUUGGGAACAAUCCCAUUAGGACGAUAUGGACAACCGGAAGAUGUGGCUGGCUUGGUAGAAUUCUUGGCUCUCAGUCCUGCAGCCAGUUACAUCACUGGACAGGCAUUCACCAUCGAUGGGGGUAUUGCCAUCUAGGAGCAUUUGGUAAGAUCGGCUUUUGUUUAGGCAAUAAACAGACAAAGUUGAGUUGUUUCUGGCACUUGGUCGGAUAUCUAUUUCUGUUUGGGGAGAGAUGUAAAACUCAUUGCUUAUACUAUGUUAUAAAUCAAAGAGCCUUGUAGACAAACUUGUUGAUUUCAAUAGAGGUUUUUUUUGUGUGUGUAA